AUGGGGGUUCCGUGGCGUGGAGUGUCCGUCAGCUCGGCGGUGAUUGCGGUAUUGCUGGCAUUGCGCCAGCCAGUGUUCUCGAGAUGCCACGUCCUUGUCACCUUCGCCAGCGCCUGGAUGCUCCAGAUGAUGGCCUGGGGAGUCUUUGUCGUCUUCCUAUACCCUCAGUACUUUUCCGCUCUUCGCACGUUACCCGGGCCCAAGGACGACCACUGGUUAAUGGGUCAAUACCCUAGAAUCGUGCGCCAGCCGACUGGCGUUCCCAUGAUUGAAUGGAUCAACACCAUCCCCCACGAGGGCAUCAUCCGCUACCGCGGCCUCUUCAACCAGGAGCGCCUGCUCAUCACCUCGCCAAAGGCCCUGGCCGAGGUGUUGGUUACGCACAACUACGACUUCCACAAGCCCACUGCCGUGCGAUCGUCGAUCGGCCGUAUCCUCGGUAUCGGCGUCCUAUUGGCCGAGGGCGACAACCACAAAGUCCAGCGUAAGAACCUUAUGCCGGCCUUCGCCUUCCGCCACGUCAAGGAUCUGUACCCCCUCUUCUGGAGCAAGGCAUGCGAGGGCGUCGAGGCCAUCACCGACGCCGUCAUGGCCGAGGCGGCCAAGACGGCGGCCGACGGAACCGAGGACCCCGAGAAGGCGGCCCUGGGCCCCAAGACGGCCGUGUUGGAGAUUGGCAAUUGGGCGUCGCGAACCACGCUCGACAUCAUUGGCAUGGCAGGCAUGGGACGCGACUUUGGUGCCAUUCGCGAUCCCUCAAACCCCCUCAACCAGACCUACCAGCACGUCUUCAAGCCGAGUCGUCAGGCGCAGGUCCUCGCCGUUCUGGGCCUCCUCCUCCCUGGACCCCUCGUUCACGCUCUCCCCUUCCGCCGCAACGGCGACAUCGCCAAGGCUGCUCAGACCAUCCGUGCCACAUGCCGCGAGCUCAUCCGCGAGAAGAAGGCGAAGCUCGAGCGCAAGCAGCUCACCGACAUUGACAUUCUGUCAGUCGCCCUCGAGUCUGGCGGCUUCAGCGAGGACAACCUGGUCGACCAGAUGAUGACCUUCCUCGCGGCCGGCCACGAAACGACCGCUUCCGCCAUGAUGUGGGCCAUCUACUGCCUCUGCCUGCACCCCGAGGUCCAGUCCCGUCUCCGCCUCGAGAUCCGCGAGCGGCUCCCCACCCCCGGCACCCCCGGCGACAUCACGGCCCUCGACAUUGACCACAUGCCCUACCUCAACGCCGUCUGCAACGAGGUCCUCCGCUACUACUCCCCCGUCCCCAUGACCCUCCGCGAGGCCGCCGUAGACACCGUCAUUGACGGCAACAAGGUCCCCAAGGGAACCCGCAUCAUGCUUUGCCCGUGGGCCACGAACAAGGACACGGCGCUGUGGGGCCCCGAUGCCGGCCGCUUUGACCCCGACAGGUGGAUGCCCCGCGACGGCGCCGACGCCGAGAGCAAAAAGACGGCCGCCAGCGGUGGCGCCACGAGCAACUACGCCUUCAUGACUUUCCUGCACGGCCCGCGCAGCUGCAUCGGACAGGGCUUCGCCAAGGCAGAGUUUGCGUGUAUCCUGGCCUCGUGGAUCGGCCGCUUCGAGUUCAGCCUGAAGAACAAGGAGGAGUACGACGAGAAGAACAUUACGAUCAAGGGCGGCGUCACCGCGCGCCCGGCCAAGGGCCUGCAUGUGUACGUGAAGAUUGUCGAUGGGUGGUGA